CGGAUAGCAACUUGAAUGCGUUUGCUACCGUAGUCUCUGCUUUCCAGCGAGCGACUUGCAACCGCGACCAGCUUCCAUGAAGGCUCGGCCCGACAUGCACAAAAGACAGAAAAUAUCGAGGUGUAUCUUUCCAUGUUCAAGCGGAAGGUUCAUUCUCAUUUUGCAUUUGCUAUAUGUGCAAUGUGGUGAGUAGUGGAGUGAGGCCCAAAGCGCUUGCAAGUCGCUGCUUUCGACAGGGCUGUUGGAAUGCUAUCCAUGAAGAGAGCAGCUUAGGUCGGUACAAUAUGAGCAUUGCUAUGAGCCGAACGAUGGGACUGGUCUUCAAUCCAGAAGCGAUCGAACUUUUCACCGUGAACAAAAUGUUUGUUGCGUAUACUUGGUGCAAGGCAAGGGGAGUCGAAAAACCCCAAGCAAAGCUGAGUGCGAUGAUGAAAAUGCUCGGAUUUAGUCCAGAUCCUGUCUUGUUCGACAUCAUUGAGCGCACCGGGGACAUUAUUGAAGUCGAAUCGCGAUAGUUGGAGUAGUCGGCUGAUAGACUGACGACGGAAGACUGAAGGUUGAAGACCCUACGUGAGUAGCAGUACUCACAAUUUCGCUUUUUUCAAGAAUGUAUUGGGCUGCAAUUGCGACCAGAUUGCGUCCCGAAAGUUCUAGUGUGAGUAUGCUCUAAACGAGUGUCAAAACCGACGGGCCUAGCUCAGUCGGUACACGCAUGAAUUGUAGAAGUACAGACCCGAGUUCGAAUCCAGACGAGUGACAUUCAAUAAUUAUGAAUUGCCUGGGGCCAGUCAGUUCGAUGAUGAUAUCGGAAAGCUGUCGGGCUUCAAAAAAAAAAAAAAAAAAAAAAAAAGGAGGGUCAAAAUGGUAGUGAUAAUAGAUUUAGACAGGCAGCAGGUGGUGCGCUACGCUGGGAAUGAUGCUGCAUUCCCGCAUAUAUCCUUUUUGGGAAAUCGACAUGCUAUUUGAGUGUUUGUGUGUGUGCUAUUCUAUUCCAGUGGCAAUGCUAUUAUUGAUAGACAAACGAUGGAUAUCUAUCGUAGAUGUAAAAAAAAAGUGGUAUUCAUUGGCAAAGCAGAGAUGUAUAUUCCAGUGGGAAUGCUAUUCCAUAGCCAUCUGAAUGCUAUUCUAUUGCCGCACGAAAGCUAUUUCAUUGUCGUCGUUAUGCUAUUCCAUCUGAAUGCUAUUCUAUUGCCGCAGGAAUGCUAUUUCAUUGUCGUCGGUAUGCUAUUCCAUAGCCGUC